AUGAAGUUUCAAAAUCCAGCCGAGGAGAGCGCCAUGCCUACUUACCGAAUAAUGGAUGCAGACGGCAACAUUGUGGACAAUACCAGAGAUCCACAGUCUGCGUCUAACGAAGAAAUCAUUCAAUGGUACCGCAAUAUGUUAACUGUCAGCAUCAUGGAUUUGAUCAUGUUCGAUGCGCAAAGGCAGGGCCGGACCAGCUUCUAUAUGGUCUCUGCGGGCGAAGAGGGUAUUGCUGUGGGAUCAGCCUCGGCACUAUCGCCGGAAGAUGUCUGUUUCCUGCAGUAUCGCGAACAAGGAGUGCUCGUCCAAAGAGGCUUCACACUCAAGGAAAUGAUGAGCCAGCUAUUUGCAAACAAAGACGACCACGGUAAAGGACGAAAUAUGCCGGUGCACUAUGGCAGUGGGAAGCUUCACGUGCACACUAUUUCAAGUCCCCUCGCAACUCAGAUUCCCCAAGCGUCUGGGGCUGCAUAUGCGUUGAAAUUGCAGAGACUCAUUAACCCGAAUGUUCCCCCACGAAUUGUCGCUUGUUACUUUGGGGAGGGCGCGGCGAGUGAAGGGGAUUUCCAUGCAGCAUUAAACAUCGCCGCCACAAAAUCAUGCCCUAUUGUAUUCGUCUGCCGCAAUAAUGGCUUCGCUAUUUCGACGGCCAGCAUCGAGCAGUACAAAGGAGACGGCAUUGCUAGUCGAGGACUCGGGUAUGGCAUCGAUACCAUCCGGGUGGACGGCAACGACAUCUUUGCCGUGAGGGAGGUGAUGCUGGAAGCCAGGAAACGGGCGCUUGAAGGCGAUUGCAAGCCUAUCCUGGUGGAAGCCAUGAGUUACCGCGUCAGUCAUCACAGCACCAGCGACGACAGUUUUGCGUAUCGAGCCAAGAGAGAGGUGGAGGAGUGGAAACGAAGAGACAACCCCAUCACCCGGCUACGCAAGUGGAUGGAAAAGAAAGGCAUCUGGGACGAAGACAAGGAGAAAGAAGCAAGGGCGUCCAUACGCAAAGAAGUCUUGCGCGAGUUUUCGGCCGCAGAAAAGGUCAAGAAACCACCGGUACGAGCCAUGUUCGAAGACGUCUAUGAAGAGAUCACUCCAGAGGCUCGAGCCCAGAUGAAGGAACUCAAACGGAUCAUCGAGAAGUAUCCGAAAGAGUAUAGCAGCAUUUCCCAGCAUGAGGGAGGAGUCAAGACUCUCGAGUGA